UCUGGGAUGCAGCAGUGAGAGAGAGAGAGAGCUGAAAGAGAGAUAGAGAGAGAGCUGUGUGUGAGAGAAGGAGCUGUUAUUUAGGUCUGUUACAGCAGACAGGGAGCAGCUCGCCCUAGGGCAGGGGGAGACGAUAGAGCAACACUGAGCUCAGAGCAGCAGAUUCAGCUACAGAUACAACCAGGCAGGAACCAGCCCUGCAUUCCAGCUGAGGGGAAGGGAAAGGGGGAAUAGAAACAGAAGUGCCAGCAGGAAAGGAGAGAACAGGCGAUAGAGAGAGAGAGGGAGAGAGAAGGAAGGAAGGAAGGAACGAAGGAAAAGGUAGCAGCAGGCAGCAACACAUCAGAGCUACAGGAGGGGUUUGAACUGGGACCUUCACUGCUGCUGCUACUGUUGUUGUUGUUGUUAUUGUUGUACUACGGUGAGGUGACCUAGCUACUCCAGGAAGUAGCUACAGCAGCAGGGUUAAGCUGUGUGUUCUCAGGAGGUAGGGACUAGGGAGGGGUACAGUAACAGCAAAAGGAGGUUGAAAGCACCACCAUGUUUGACUGUAUGGAAGCUCUGGGGAUGGGCCCACGCCAGCUAUAUGAUGUCACCAGCCGGGGUGCGUGCAUGCUGCGGAAGGCGAGCCCCUUCUUCGCGGGGUUGGACCCCUUCGCCUGGACCGGCAGUGCCAGCGUUCAAUCGGUGGAGACCCAGAGCACCAGCUCUGAGGAGAUGGUCCCCAGCUCUCCCUCUCCACCUCCCCCACCACGUGUCUACAAACCCUGCUUCGUGUGCCAGGACAAGUCCUCUGGAUACCAUUACGGAGUCAGCUCAUGUGAGGGCUGCAAGGGUUUCUUCCGGCGCAGUAUCCAGAAGAACAUGGUGUACACCUGCCACCGAGACAAGAACUGCCAGAUCAACAAGGUGACCAGAAACCGCUGCCAGUACUGCCGACUGCAGAAGUGCUUCGAGGUCGGCAUGUCCAAGGAAGGUGAGAGACCGGUGCGUAACGACAGGAACAAGAAGAAGAAAGACGUCAAGGAGGAGUUGGUGUUGCCGGAGAGUUAUGAGCUGAGUGGAGAAAUGGAGGAGCUGGUCAACAAAGUCAGCAAAGCCCACAAAGACACCUUCCCCUCACUGCUGCAGCUGGGCAAAUACCACACUAACUCCAGUUCAGACCACCGCGUGCAGCUGGACCUGGGGCUGUGGGAUAAGUUCAGUGAGCUCUCCACCAAGUGCAUCAUCAAGAUCGUGGAGUUUGCCAAGCGCCUCCCAGGCUUCACCACCCUCACCAUCGCUGACCAGAUCACCCUCCUCAAAUCAGCCUGCCUGGACAUCCUGAUGUUGAGGAUCUGCACGCGCUACACCCCAGAGCAGGACACCAUGACCUUCUCAGACGGGCUCACCCUGAACCGGACCCAGAUGCACAACGCAGGCUUCGGCCCGCUCACAGACCUGGUGUUUGCCUUUGCUGGCCAGCUGCUGCCUCUGGAGAUGGACGACACAGAAACGGGCCUCCUCAGCGCCAUCUCCCUCAUCUCUGGAGACCGUAUGGACCUGGAAGAGCCCCAGAAGGUGGACAAGCUGCAGGAGCCCCUCCUGGAGGCCCUGAAGAUCUACGCCCGUCGCAGACGCCCCAACAAGCCCCACAUGUUCCCCCGCAUGCUGAUGAAGAUCACUGACCUCAGAGGCAUCAGCACCAAGGGGGCAGAGAGAGCCAUCACUCUGAAGAUGGAGAUCCCAGGCCCCAUGCCUCCUCUGAUCAGGGAGAUGUUAGAGAACCCAGAGGCUUUCGAGGACCAGACAGAGAGCAGUGGAGAGAGCUCCCCACCGCCCGUUCCACCAGCUUCCACCAAGCCCCCCACCACAAUGAAGACUGAGGCCGAGGACGAGGAGGACUGCUGGGGGACAGAGAACGGCAGCGAGCCUUCCCCAGAGGAGGAAGAUGAGGAUGACUAUGAUGAUGGGGAGGAGGAGGAUCGGGACAGGGGCUCGGACAGUGAGGGGGAAUCCUGGACUCUGGAGGGUAGCAGCGAAGGGGCUAGGAAGAACCAUGCCGGGAGGGCGCAGUGAGGAGGAGAGAAGAUCACAGACAUGCAGACUGUACACUCAAACACACACACAAACUGACGUAAUCACACACACACACACACACACACCCUACCCCUUCCAGUGCUGGCCCUCCCUAACCUCCACAUCCCCUCUAUCUUCCUAAUGCACAUCCGUCUCUCCAAGCAGGACAGGGCAGGACAUGGCAGCAGAGCCUUACGCCUGCCUGUAUAGCCUCUAUAACUCAGGUUCCCUGACUCACAGGUUCUUGACAAGUGACAUGCAGAGAGACUAUUAUAAAAUGGGAGAUGGCGAAACGACAUGAUGCAACCAUCUGGACUCGUGACUCGUGAUAUAGAGAAGAGAGGAGAUGACAAGAAUAACUGACUAUCUUUGAUGAAACAAAUGUCAAAUGUUUUACUAUCUUCUUGUUUGUAUCUAUAUAGAGGAAUGUCCAAACCAGACAGCAUGAACUGAACAGUAGAUCCGAAUGCAAAGCAAAGCACACUUCUCAAAAAGAAACAUACAGGAUGAAACCAAACUGAAUAUGCUAAUCGUUUUUUUUUUUGCUUUUGGGAAUUGUUAAAUUUCUUCAUGUUUUAUUUUCUUGAUUUUUCUUUUUCUUUCAAUUUAUGAAUAAGUCCAUACAUAUCUAUAUACCAUUAUAUUAUUAGUCUUUGUUUGUUAUCCUGGUUUUGAUUUUGUUAGAUGAGGUUUUGUGUUUGAGGAGUUUUCCAGCGGAGAUAUCCAGAGAGAGAGAGCAAUCAGAAUCAGAACUGGCAUACCACUAACUGAAUCUCCUUUCCAGCUGCGCCACUGGUAUAUUUCGGGCACUUUUGCUCGCCGUAGAUGUCAAUGAUAAUCAACUCAGUAAUGUUAACUUGUGUUACAGUGACUCAAGUUGUGAUUUGUGUUGUUAUCAGGGGACUAGCAUUAAUCCAUGUGCUUUCUUUCAGCACAACAAUCUAUGCUGCCGAUUGGAUAGUGUCUUUGUGCCAAAGUUAGCAACUCAUUUUUGGAAACAGAGAGUCAGGGACCCCAGACACCAACAAGUGCCCACACACACAUCAAAUCUUCACUCCUAAAUUAGGCACACACACACACACUAAAUCUCGGACCUAUAACAGAUGUGCCAACUUGGUUCGGGUGCUUGGUCAGAGAUUGACACUUGGCCGUGUAUGUAGUACUUUGAUAUCCUGUUUUAUACCAGGCACCGCUAGCAAAGUCAAUUACAAUACAAUACAUACAGCUUUAUUGUCCAAUAUUGACAGUACCAUCACUGCCAAUCUCAUCUUAUCAGCAGUAAUACAAUUGUAUAACUCAACAGAAAUCAUCAGAUGUCUGUCAAACGAAAUAACUAUUUGACGACAUGCACAAGCAGACACUCUUGCGUACACACAAACACACACACACACACAAA